UUAAUAACCAUUUUCUCCAGUAACGAAGAAUUACAAAAUAUUUGUCGACCAUAAACAUCCUAAAUUAAUAACUGAAAUGUGUAGUUUCGAAAGGCGGUGGGGUGUCUCAGCUGAGAAAGACUACGCUUCCACUCCCCAGUGUGAUCAGAGUGCUCGGAGGCAUCGAGCUGUGCGCAGGGGAAAGGCAUUCGAGCAGUCGCGUCUCUUUUUCCCUCAUUAGUUUGAGCAAAUCAAAGUGACAGUAAAGAUGUUCAUUUUAAAAAUUUUUUGAGAGUGCUAACGAGAGAUUUUUUUAGUGAAAAUUUGAGAAAUAUUUGUAUAAAAAUGCCAGCGGCGUCGUCUAUUUAUUGGGACUCGGUGGACUCUCAGAGGUCUUCAGGAAGUUCUGGGGAUGCUGGAAGUAAUCGUCAGUACGUGGAUCCCUGGGACCUUGAGAAUUACGCGUAUCUGAGGAGACACAGUGUCGCUUCACCCCCGCAGAAGUAUCAGCCACCCCCGAGGACUUCUUACAGUCGAGUUUCCCAGAGGAGAAGUGAACCCGAACCCGAAUAUUGGUAUUCGCCGAGAGAGCCCAUCAGAGAGCCGGGAUACCAUGCCCCAGCAUCAGUCGAGGAACUCUAUUUUGGACCACCUCGACAGACCCAGAGUUCUUACUACCAGCCAAUUUACGAGGAUGAAAUCCCUCGGUAUACAGCACCAGUUUAUGCACCACUCUCCGACCUCGAUUAUGGGAGACACUACGAGGAUACCCGGACGAAGGAGGUGCUCCGCAGGAGGAAGCUCUCGCGUGUAACAACGCCUGGAAGAGGGGAUUGCAUUCAUCACAGUACGUCGAGCGAACUGCGACGAGACCUUGUCGAGGAAGCACCCCGGAAGACGAUCACAAGUGAAGAGGAACGUUACGUGGAAGUAAUACCUCCUUCGAAGUUAGGAUUAAACACCUAUGGCCAUCUCAAAAUUGACUACAGCAACAGCUGGAACUCCCUCCAUCGAAAAAUCUCCAAAUGACGUCUUCCUAAUCUUGAUGAACAAAAGCUUUAUUACAUUAUAAAUUGCAUUUGACAAAAUGCAAAAUUGCGACGAUCUUCUAACUCAUGUCUUAUGAAUUAAUUUUCGGAUUCAUGUACAUAUACAAAUACUCAGUACCUUCUUAGAAUUAAAAUCCUAAAAUGUGAGAUAAUUAUCAUGUGUUAGUUGUAAUAACCCUUAACAUUUCAGGGAAUGGAAUAAAUAUACUUUUUGUUAACGAUUGAA